CGCAGACCCGUGCUGGCGAUCGUGGAGGUGGAAGUUCAAGAAGUCGAUGUGGGUGCUCGGGAGACGGUGUUUCGGGAGGUGUCCUCUUUCCAGGGCCCCCUGGAUGCCACCGUCGUGGUCAACCUUCAGUCACCGACCUUAGAAGAGAAAAACGAGUUUCCUGAAGAUGUGCGCACAGAACUCAUGCAGACCCUGGGCAAUUACGGGACCAUCGUUCUUGUCAGGAUCAACCAAGGGCAGAUGCUGGUGACUUUUGCAGACAGUCACUCGGCUCUCAGCGUCCUGGAUGUGGAUGGUAUGAAGGUGAAAGGCAGAGCCGUGAAGAUCAGACCAAAGACCAAGGACUGGCUGAAGGGUUUGCAAGAGGAGAUCAUCCGAAAGCGGGAUAGCAUGGCCUCCAUGUCUCCCACUGCCAAUUCCUGUUUGCUGGAGGAAAACUUUGACUUCACAACUCUGGACUAUGAGUCAGAGGGGGAUAUUCUCGAAGAUGAUGAAGACUAUUUGGUGGAUGAACUAAGUCAACCUGUGGUCUCAGAUGGCGAGAUGGGCGGGGACAGCCUCUCCGAAGGCCCCAGCUCCACAGCAGCAGUGCCUGUCAGCAAGUCACCUGCGCUCACUAAAAAGAAGCAGCACCCGACCUACAAAGAUGAUGCUGAGCUGGUGGCGCUAAAGCAGGAGCCGGAAGCAGUUGGAGAUUUCCGGCACCGUUCUCCAAGCAGGUCUCUGUCGGUUCCCACUAGGCCUCGGCCACCUCACCCACCGCAGAGACCCCCCCCUCCAACUGGUUUAGUGGUGAAAAAGUCGGCGUCGGACGUGUCCAUCUCCUCCGGCACCCACGGGCAGUACUCGAUUUUGCAGACGGCAAAACUUCUGCCGGGGGCACCCCAGCAGGCGCCCAAAGCCAGGAUGGGGAUAAGUAAACCCUACAAUGUCAAGCAGAUCAAAACUACCAAUGCUCAGGAGGCAGAAGCAGCCAUCCGGUGUCUCCUGGAAGCCAGAGGAGGUGCCCCAGGAAAUGCCCUAACUGCCACAUCCCUGAGGGACCCAGGGCCUUCCAAACCAGAGCCCACGGCAGGGGUGGCCCCGCUCCUGCCCCGGCGGCCUGCGCCCAGAGUCCCCACCAUCAAGAAGCCAACCUUGCGGAGGACAGGAAAGCCUGAGUCACCGGAAGACCAGUUUGGGCAACAGACGGUCCAUUUUACGGUCGGGCCCCCAGAGACAAGCCUUGAAACCCCCCCUCUAGCAGCCGUCCCUCCUGUUCCCAAACCGAGAACACUUCAGCCUGGGAAGGGUACCGAGAGGAAGCCGAGCGGGGGGCCGCCAGCACCAGACGAUGCCCCUCCCGUGGCCACCCCACCGUCCCCGCUGGAGGUUCCGCCGCCCGCGCCCCAGGCGCCCCCGAGGAGGAAGAAGUCGGCCCCCGCCGCCUUCCACCUGCAGGUGCUGCAGAGCUGUGACAGCCCGUUCCUCGCGGUCCUCCCCUGCAGCGGCCGCAGCGACCGUCCCCCCGCACACCCACCCGACGGGGGCGCUCUCCUUCCACAAGCCACUGGCCUCGGCGCUUCCUACGCGGCAAGCCCCGCAACCCCCGGCGCCGAGCAGCCCAAGUCCGAGGCGGCCUCCCUUCUUGGUGAUUAUCAGGAUCCCUUCUGGAGCCUUCUCCACCACCCGAGCCUGUUGAAGAAUGCCUGGCUCUCCAAGAGCUCCGACCCGCUGGACUCGGGGACCAGGGGCCUGGAAAGAGCACACACAGCCCCGCUGCAAGGCUCUGCCUCGGCUGCCCAGGAGCUGCCGCCGGGGCGCGGGCCGAAGGACUUCGAUCGCUGCGUGACCGGCAGUGACCAGGACAAGAGGACGGUGCUGCAGGUGUUUGACCCGCUGGCGAAAACAUGAGUAGGAAGCGUGGACAGCGGCUCUCCUGCAGAAAGUGUGCCUUCUUCCCUCAGGCGUCCCUUCACAGGGAAAGCCCGGAGCCUUGGCCUCAGCCCCCCACCCCCCCCCACCCUCACCCCUGCUAAGAGACCACUCUUUAAAGGCGCACUGAAAAAACAUUUGGAUUUCUGUCACUUGUGUGUACUUUACAGAAAUUGUGUCUCUUAUUCAAUAAGAUGAUUAUUCAGCCACCGAGAUCGGUUUUAGUCCAGACUGGUGCAUUUUAGUUUCCCCUCAGGGGUCUGAGAAACCUCUGGUUAGAUUCGAUGUGUGGAUCUGAGGACAGGGAAUCUAGCUGAUAAUGUCCAAGAAGUUCUUCCCUGGUUGGAUUUUCCAUGCUUGUUUGUUUUGUUUUGUGUUGUGUUUUGUUUUCGAUUUAUGUGUGUCUGUGGUGUUUUUAAAAUGUUGUUUGUACUUUACAGAUUUGGGAUAACUUUUUGGCGAUCCACCUGGAGGUUGAUGUAUCAGCUGAAAGGUGGUUGGGACCAUUAAGAGCUGUACCUGGCCUGCUGACCCCAGGUUAAAAAAAAAAAAAAAUCGGAGUUGAAAGUGGCCAACAGAUCAACCAAAUGACAAGACAACACAUUCCCGUGAGCCCUUGUGUUUCUGUACACGUACAGGAACCUUGAUUGUGUGGGAGAUGGUGUCAUACGCUGUCUGGGCUCCGAGGCACAUACUGUUAGCCGGAGCUCAGGCUGGCUACAGACUCCUCCCCGUACCGUGUCUUAGCUACCGCAUGUCGCAUGACGUGCUGCAGUCUGGAGCCCUGGUGUACUAGUUAAACCAGUUUCUAUACGCUGGCUCUUCCCUACUAAAGGAAGCCUCGUUGCUUCUUUCCCCCCCUUGUGUUCCAUGAGGAGGAAAAGCACAAACCGUGCAGACUCAUGCUGGCACAUAAUAUUGGGCCUCGUGACGCUAGGAAGAACAUUUCAUUUAGCCUGGGCUGCCUGGCUGUGGUUUCGGGAAGGAAAGCACCACCUGUCCCUGUAUAUGAGAGACCCCAGGGCAGCAUUUGUGGGUUUGCUUAUCUGUCUGUGUACUAGGUUUAUGUUUUCGUCUGUACAUUUAUGACACCUUCUUGCCCUAGUCAGUCCUUUAGAAGGACAUCACCAGACUGUUGUACCUUUUAAGAAUAAUGUUGCAAGGCCUAGAAUCCAUUUGGAGCAGAUACCAUAUUUUUGCUAACAAGAAAUUCACAGGUGAAAACUUAGUGUGCCACAUACCAUAUUUAGGAGUUUUUAAUGUCCUAGAAUCAUACAGCAGUGACUCUGAACUAUCCCUAAUGUGACUGGAGAAUUGGUUAGGAUGGCACUAAAUGCUAAUGGUUAGGAUGGCAGUAAUCGUCCUGCCUAGGGGGAUACCACUCUCUUUUUGCCUCUGGGAUUUCAGAAUGACUUCUCAUUGCCACUAUCCAGGUACCCUGCAGAUUAUUUAAAUCUGGCACUCAACACAAAAACGAAACUACCAACAUUUAUUGCAUUUCAUUUGAAAACUGGUAAAAGAAAAAGGUCUUAGUGACCCGCAGGGAUAAACAGGUAAUAUAUGUAGUUGACCAGUCUUAAAAAGAAGGUGUUUCUGGCCUUAGCUGAUUAGGACGCUUUCUGUAGAGUGUAAGUACUUUAUAUCCUGUUUACCUCUCUAACAAACAUGAGUAAACAACAUAAUUCUUGAAGAGUUCAGGGGAGAAAGAACACAAGAUGGGUAAAUGGCUUGGAGAAGUUAAAUAAUUUGCCAGGAUUCACAUUGCUACUAAGAGUACAAUUGGGAAUGGGAUCAAAGAUUUCCUCAUUCAAAUGUUCUUUCCUCUGUCACCUCUUUUUCCCACCAAAAAGGAGGUGAAUUUGAAAGCAGAUUAUGUGUAAUGUAACAGUUGCUUGCAAAGCUGGAGAUAGGCCUAAUUUCAGGUUUCUUUGUUCUAGAUGCAAAUGGCCAAUAAAUGGGACAGAGAACAGAAUUUUAAUGAAGAAAGGUGCUCAUCACACAGGUAGCUCUUAAGGAUCUGACAUUAAGUAUUCACACAGAAUUGUGUUGACCUCAGGAGACAGGUCACGAGAAAAAUUCUAAGUAGUUUAACGUGAAGAAUCGAACAAAUACUUCAUCAGGGGUGUUCAAAUCCGUGAACAACAUAGACUGGAUUUUGAGGUGAUCAUAUAUAAGGUUCACACACCAAUGUUCUCUUUAAAAAGACAAUUGGAAUUGCCUUACUUAGUUUUUAGGGCUUUAAGAGACGGUAGGUUUCCUAGGUUAGCAGCAGAGUUGGUUAAAUAUUCUGGACGAGCAACUGCCGGCCUAGGGAUUUCUCUUUGUGGGUUUUUUAUUUCUGGUUUUUCUAUGCCCCCACACGGGCCUUGAAGUGUCUUUUAUUACUGCUCUGUAAGACAGUACAGUUCACCGCGAAGAAUUUGAGGCACAGAACUUUACAAUUCAACAUUGUCUCUAUGACCCCAAUUAUAUUCCCUUUUCCAACCUAAUCUUCUCUGACUUAUUGCCUAUUUUUAAAAUACGUUCCAGUAAAUGACUGAAAUUAGGACAUCUGCUCAAGCAAUUCCUGUAAAAGUUCUAAGUUGUUGAAUUUCAAGAUAGAAUAGAAUUCUCUGGAUAUGUAGAAGUACAAGCAAAGUAAUACAUUAAAACAUUCGCUUUAUAAUGAAAUAAUUUUAUCAGCUGCAAAAAUUAUUUAUUGGGUGACUAGUAAUUAAAACCCUGUAAUGUUUAUUUGAAGUGAUAAUUUGUACUGCAGUUGUAAAAAAUGCCUAUUAAAUAUUUUGUCUUUUUUUUUUAA